UGGUGCGGCUCUGUUGGCGACGCUGAUGGUGGUGGUGAUGGUGGUGGCGGUGGUGGUGGUGGUGGCGACUGCUGCUGAUGUGCCAUUCGUUGAUACCAGGGAUGGCCGCGUCUCAGGCAUUGUGGAGGAAUCGGUGAAGGGCCGAGACUUUUCGUCAUUCUACGGCAUUCCCUACGCUCGGCCACCACUGGGGAGGCUGCGAUUCAAGGAUCCCGAACCCUUCCCAGACUGGGGGGCCAUGGGGGAAGCCUCCAUUCCCGCCCCGCCGUGCAUCCAAUAUUUCUCCGCAACAGAGAGAGUCGGAAUAAAGGAAGUGCUGGGUGAGGAGGAUUGCCUGUACCUCAACGUGUUUGUGCCCAAGAUUAAUGGAGACGCUAGCUUCCCGGUGAUGGUUUGGCUUCACGGGGGAAGGUUCACCCAUGGCAGUGCCCAGGAGUACCCUCCUCACGUCCUCCUGGACCACGACAUCGUGCUGGUGGUGGUGCAGUACCGGCUGGGUGUCCUGGGCUUCCUGUCUACCGAGGACUUGGCGAUGCCUGGGAACCUGGGCCUCAAGGACCAGACCCUGGCGCUCCGGUGGGUGAAGACCAACAUUCACCUCUUUGGCGGAGACAACAUGCGGGUCACCAUCUUCGGUGAGAGUGCCGGCAGCGCCGCCUCCCACCUCCUCAUGUUCGUCCCGGAAGUUCAAGAUCUUUUCUCCCGUGCUAUCAUGCAGUCUGGAACAGCACUGACGUCCUUGACUAUCAACAAUAAUCCUCGCAAAGAGGCAAUUGAAGUGGGUGGCAGCCUUGGGUGUCCCACAGACCAGGGCAGCAACACGCUCCUUCUGUGCCUGCAGGGUCUGGAUGCAAAGGCUCUCUUUCCUCGUUACGAAAGCUCCAGAAGAUGGGGAGUGCUGCCGCUCACCUUCACGCCCUGGGUGGACGGCCGUUUCCUGCCGCGUCACCCUGCCCUGCUGAUAAGUGAGGGGCGCAGCACCCGGGUGGACAUCAUAUCAGGCAUUACCAGAGACGACGGGGCUCUUUUCGCCUUGCCUGCAUUGGCAAAGAAACAGUUACUGGAGGAGCUACAGCACAAUUUUAGCAUGGCCGGGCCUGCGUCCCUUCAGCUUGAGGGCAGGAGUGAGGACCCGGAGGCUGUAGCCCGCCAGCUGUACCUCCACUACUUGGGCACCACGCACGUCACCGAGGCGCACGCUGACGACUUCAUGAGGAUGUUCACUGACCACUACUUCGCCGUGCCUCAUGACCGCAUCUCCGCCCACCACGCAGGGAAGAUUUACCGCUACGAGCUGCAGCACUACGCCCAGCUCUCCUUCGGCCAACUGAUCUGCCCUUCCUGCGACAACAAGUGGGUGAGUCACGUAGACGAUCUGUACUACUUGUUCCGCGGCGGCCCUCUCUUGUCGCCACGAACAGCACCCCCACAGCGCCCCAAGGACUUACAGCUGCCCGACGACCUCACCCUCAGGGACAUCAUCACGACUCUGUGGACCAACUUUGCUGCCACGGGGAACCCAACCCCUGAUAGCUCUCUGGGCUUCACGUGGGAAGCCAGCACACCAGAGAAUCUGCAGUACCUCUCCCUCACGCCCUCGCCCUCCAUGAAGCCAGACGACCGCAAGGAGACACGCAAGUUCCACAACUCUCUUCCCAUCCAGGAAAAUUUGAUGCUUCACCCGCACCUGGUGAAGGUGCCUCAGGGUGCCACGCGCAGUUCACGUCAUGAAUUGUGAUUUACCAACUCCUGACUAAAUGCAAACAGUAACAAGCACCGCCUACCUAACAACAUAACUUAGAUAUA